AUGUCUUUCACCCUGGAAUCGUGUAAAAUGCAAGUGGGCUUUCACAAGAACAGGACGUGCAAUAGAUUAUCGAUGGAGGAACGCGUGAUGGUAAUUAAAUUGUAUAAAGAGACACCGAACUACCAACGUUUGGCGAAUCACUUUGGUUGCAGUUUUAGGCAGAUAAAGAAAAUUAUUGCGAAUCAAGAUGAGAUCAUGCACUUUCACAAGAAUCUACGUGCGAAAGAUUUAGCAGAAGAAGUUUCCAAUAGCCGUCGAGAGAAGAUUGACUUUCUCGGAAAAGUGGUCUAUGAGUUUCUACUACGCGCUCUCUAUCUUCGCAUGCCAAUCGACACAGCGAUCAUACGACAGAGAGCAUUUGAAGUGAAAGAGGCAAUAGCUAUUGAAAGUUUUACGCCAAAUAAUGCUUGGUUGCAAGCCUUCAGAUCUCAUUACAAUCGAUUGGAUUUAACGGCAAUGGUGGAGCAAUUGCCAAGUGAUAUGGAGAUGCGACGUUCGUUGAAGUGUAUCGAUAUAAUUGAGUAUGUAAGCAAGCAAGAGAGAGAGAAGAAAGAAAAAACACAUAUGGAGGCAGAUGACUCUCCUGGAAGUGGUCGGAAUGAAAGUGAGAAGGCGAUACAGAAUUUUAUGAAAUCUGAAAAUGACUUUGAUGAUUAUGAAGUGUAUGGCAGUGCUGAAGAUGAUGCUGAUUUGGGGAAUCAUGAGAGUGUUGAAAAUAUGAGCACUGCAAACACGAAUGCUGCAUCGAUUUUCGUCGAUCUUGAUUCGGAGGAGGAAGACGAACAAGCAGAGAGUGCUGUGGUUAAAACGGAGGAGACUGUUUCAGCCAACACAAGCUCUUAUGCUACCAAGCCUAUUUUAAAACCCUCAACGCCCCCACCUUUUCCCGAUAUACACAGCUAUCCGGAAGCCAUGCGUCAUCUGAAAGUGUUGGAAGAUUUUGCUAUGAUUGAAGAGAACUAUCGCGCUAUCGGCUUGAUAACACAACUGGAGCAGAUUUUCAAGAAUCCACCGAAAUUGAAGAGCUAA